CGAUGUCUCAGCACUUUGGAUCUUACGUCCUUGGGCGUGGGAUCCUGUGUCGGCACUGGCAUGUACCUGGUCGCCGGAAUGGUGGCAAAGAAAUUUGCUGGCCCCGGCGUAGUUAUCAGCUUCAUCAUAGCAGCCCUGGCAUCUAUCUUUAGCGGUGCAUGUUACGCAGAAUUCGGUGUGCGCGUCCCCAACACCACCGGGAGCGCGUACAUGUAUUCGUACGUAACUGUAGGCGAAUUCUUGGCUUUUAUUAUUGGUUGGAACAUGGUGCUCGAGUAUCUCAUCGGAACUAGUGCCUGCGCAAGGGCUCUGAGUGCUUGCAUUGACUCACUCUUCGACGGCGCGAUCUCUGUCAAAAUGACUGAAAACAUCGGCACGAUAUUUGGCAAACCUCCUGACGUGCUGGCAUUUGGAAUUACGUUGAUGAUGAUGCUGAUCCUGAUCGCCGGAGUUCGGAAAUCUCUUUUCUUCAACAAUCUGUUAAACGCUAUUAACCUCAGCAUUUGGGUAUUCAUAAUGACAGCUGGAUUAUUUUACGUGGAUGUGUCGAACUGGACAGAGCAUAACGGAUUCUUACCCUACGGAUGGAGUGGAGUUUUCACCGGAGCUGCAACGUGUUUCUAUGCCUUCAUUGGCUUCGACAUCAUCGCGACCACCGGCGAAGAGGCCAACAACCCCAAGCGAUCCAUCCCUCUGGCUAUCGUCUACAGUCUUGGCAUCAUCCUUCUGGCAUACGUCUCCACCUCCAUGAUCCUGACUCUGAUUGUUCCUUAUGAUCAAGUGGAUACUGAUUCAGCUUUGGUACAAAUGUUUGCUCAAGUGAACGCCCCAACGUGCAAGUACAUUGUCGCUAUUGGCGCUUUGGCUGGUCUCACCGUCUCCAUGUUCGGCUCUAUGUUCCCGAUGCCCCGAAUUGUCUACGCUAUGGCUAGCGAUGGAUUGAUUUUCCGGCGACUUGCUGAGGUUUCCUUCAAAACUGGCAGCCCCUCUUUUGCAACUAUUUGCGGUGGUAUUGGUGCGGCAUUCGUGUCCUUGAUCGUGCAACUUGAAGUGCUGGUGGAAAUGAUGAGCAUUGGAACACUUCUGGCUUACACCCUGGUGUCAACCUGCGUACUGGUCCUCCGUUAUCAACCCCGAACGACGAACCUGAUUGAACUUCUGCCUUCACACAUCCGAACUCCUGUCGACCCUGAAGGCACCGCCAGCGGCACCCGCGAAACGACGUUCACUGCCUCGGCCCACAUCAUGCCAAGCCAACGCGUCAUGGUCCGUCGAGUCACCAGAAGUUCACCAGACUCUGAUGACACCCUGCCCGGCGAUGAGAGUGAAGAAUACCGUGAUGAUGCCUUCUUGGUCAGCUCCAACCCUGAAAAUAACUACUACGUUGGCGCCGGAUCUUCAGGAAAUUCCAGCUUUUGCAGCCGAUUCUUCACCGCAUUGGGCCGUCAAUUGCACUCCAUGAGCUACUUGUGCCCUGGUCUCUUCCCCUGGGUUGAUUGUGGACCAGCUACCGAUAUGAGUGGAUUGUUCGUCAUCAAGGCAGUAGGAGUCAUGUAUCUGCUGAUUAUUGUAUUCGACUUAUUUGCUGCUUUUGGAAGCCCUGGAACCUCCACCUUCACCAACGUGUCGAUGUUACUGCUUAUUUUUGGAAUCUUUGCUAUCCUGCUGAUGAUCUCCCGACGCCCACAGAACCGUGUUGCCCUGAUCUACACCACGCCCGGCCUGCCCUUCGUGCCCACGAUUGCCAUCAUCGUCAAUAUUUACUUGAUCCUAAAUCUCUCAUACUUGACCCUGGUACGAUUCACGUUUUGGAUGGCUAUUGGCUUGGUUGUAUACUUCAAGUACGGCAUUAUUAACUCGUCAAUGGAGAAAAAGGAUUCUGAUGAUACUGUCGCAGUCCCACCGAUCCCUAACCCUCUGGACCGCACCACGAUCCCUCCUCCCUCCCCCCACCAAUCACGACCAACCGGCGACCGAAAUAUCUUUGAAGGAGAUGGCAACGAAGGACUGUACGGAAACAUGGAGUAUAAUUCUUUGCUAACAUGGCAUGAGUCGAACUUGCCACCUGUGGCCUCCUCUAGCGGCUUUUCAACUCCAUCAUCCGGGAAUCGAAUGCAAACUACUUAUAACCCAACCACCACCUAUCGUCAAGCGGAGACACGUUAUGAUGUGGACACUAACACAACCACCACUGCACUUGGCCGACCACCAUGGGCUUACCCGGGCGCUGACAUCGCUAUCUAUGGAAACUGGGAGGACUAAAUACCACCAUCAACGACUGUCACCAAUCAUACCAUACCAGACUGAGCUCACGAUUAGGCUUUUUCCAUAUUUAACUCCCUAUUAAAUAUAUUAUUCGUUUUAUACAAAAUUGACAUAUGUAUAAUGUCUGUAUACUUGUUUUUAUUUAAAGUUUUAAAAAUCGAAGGCGGUGUCAUCUUUAGGACUAAAAUGCAUUGUUCCUCUACAUUGUGAUACUUCAAUACUCUACCAAGGCAUCUCACAUCUAUAUGCAACUCAAAAUAAGCCUUAUCACAAUGGAAGCUAAGAUUUAAAGUCGUUUAAUUUAAUCCAUUACUACGUUAACCCCAUUUUAUGUACAUAUUUACUGACUUAUAUGUACUUCUUGAGCAUAUACUGUAGCCAUAUUUAUAGUAGUGUUAUACCUAGCUUAUAUAUUUCUAUUAACCUCUUCUAAUAUACAUGUAUCAGUAUUAUAUGUAGUUUAUAUACUGUUUUAAUGAUUUUAACUAAGACCCCGACUCUUAGCAAAUACCUGGCGAUAAAAUAAGUACAAUACAACAUAGGUACCUACUUAUUAAAAACAUAUUUAGCAUGAGUUUUACCAUAAUAUUCCAUAUUAUGUGGGAGUACAGCACUAUAUUCCACGGCACGGAGUACGAGGGUCAAUUUUAUAUUAU